AUGCCGAAAGUGAAUUCCUAAAAGUUCUAAGAUAGGUUACUGUGUUCAGCCUUUAAACUGUGGAGGGAGCGCCCAACAAGUUGCCUAGAGUAGCAUGAGAUGCCACCGCGCGUAGACGCGAGCGAGUGCGCCGAGCGCGCUACUCGCGCCCUUAAUAUCUCCUUAUCAAUCCUUAUCAGACCUUAUCACUUACUCAUCGCAAACGAACUCCGAUCGAUUCAGCACACUCGCGAAUAUCCCGCUUAAUAUGUGAGCUUUAAUUAUGAUCAUGAUCAGGAAUAUUGUGUUUAAUUUGUGUGUUUAUGUGUUAUUGGAAUACGCGAGAGGCCAAGUGCCUCAACAAAUACAGAACAAAUUGGUGUGCAUCGAGCAUGAUUCUUGCGGCGCGUGCCUGUCCGCUGCCUCGCACUGUCGGUGGUGCGCGGACCCGUCUUUCAGCGCUGCUGCCAGAUGCAAUGAUGAUGAGAGUUUAGUGGCCAGUGGCUGCAAAGAAGACAUGAUCCAGAAGCCAGCGAAGCCGGUGUGGCAGGUGGCCGAGAACCGGUCACUCCAAGACGUAGACUCUAACGACGUAGAAGCAGUGGUGCAGAUACAACCGCAGAGGGUACGGCUGUCACUUAAACCACGAGAGACGGUGAAGGUAAAGUUCUCAUAUAGACCUGCGAAGAACUACCCGCUCGACUUGUACUACCUGAUGGACUUGACGUGGUCGAUGAAGGACGACAAGGAGACGCUGGUGUCGCUCAGAGACGACCUGCCGAGCAUGCUGAAGAACCUUACUGAUAAUUUUAGAUUAGGUUUCGGCAGUUUCGCGGACAAACCGGUGUUGCCGUAUAUAAAUAUCGAUGAGAAACGCCGUGAGAACCCUUGCAACGUCGAAGAGGAAAAGUGCGAACCUACAUACAGUUACCGGCACCAUCUCUCUCUCACUAACCAGGUGACCGACUUCAUCAAGAACGUAAACGACAGCAAGGUAACAGCCAACCUGGACGACGCGGAAGCACAGCUAGACGCCCUAGUGCAGGUCGUGACCUGCGGGGACAAAGUCGGCUGGGCACGGCACAGCAGGAAGAUCGUCAUCCUACUGUCUGAUGGGCUGCUGCACACCGCGGGAGAUGGGAAGCUUGGUGGAGCUAUCAGGAAAAACGACGAACAGUGCCAUUUGGACGAUAAUGGAUAUUACACCGAGUACUCCAUUUAUGAUUAUCCGUCGCUCGCCCAAGUCUAUAGACUCUUAGAUAAGUACAAGGUGAACGUGAUAUUCGCCGUGACGGAAAGAGUGAAGGAUCAUUACGACAGCAUUCACCAGCUGAUGGCCGAUUUCACGUACGUCGCUAAACUCGAAAGUGACAGCUCGAACAUAUUGAAGCUAGUCAAAACGGGUUACGAAGACAUCGUGAGUGUCGUGGACUUCGAGGAUGACUCUAGUGCAGGGCCAGUGAAGGUCAAGUACUUCACGGAUUGUGGAGUGAAAGGGGGCUCGCUUAUAGAGUCUACGCGGUGCGCCGGCGUCGAAUACGGCAUGACGCUUAACUACGAGGUCCAUGUCACAUUGGAGUCAUGCCCCGAAUACAAGAAGUCAAACCAAACGAUACGCAUAACGGAGAGCCAGCUAGGCCAGGACUCGCUGCAGCUCGAGGUGGAGGUCCAGUGCGGAUGCGAGUGCGAGACCAACACCGAUCAGGACUCGCGGACUUGUCCGGCCAACUCGCACCUCGUUUGCGGCGUGUGCCAGUGCAAUAAGGGAUGGUCUGGCCCGUCAUGCGACUGCUCUAUAGAAGACGAGGAGAAAUCAAUGGCUCUGAUCGCGCAGUGCCGCGCGCCGAACGCGACGAACUACAUCCCGUGCUCGGGCGCCGGCGACUGCAUUUGCGGCAUUUGCAACUGCGACCGCGGGUUCAACGGGAAAUACUGCCAGUGCAAGGCGUGCGAGAUUAAUCGGGAGAACGGCAUAGAAUGCGGCGGCGUCGGUCGCGGUGACUGCGCCUGCGGCCAGUGCGUCUGCGUUGAAGGCUGGAGCGGCAGCGCGUGCGACUGCAUCGACAGGAACGACACGUGCAUCGCGCCGGGGGGAGGGGAGGUGUGCUCGGGGCGCGGGGACUGUGUUUGUGGUCGUUGCGAGUGCUCAUCCUCGGAGGAAGGCAGCAGGUACACGGGCGCGUACUGCGAAACGUGCGCAACGUGCGAGAACCCACUCUGCGCAAACGCAGAGCCCUGCGUCACAUGUUUCCUGUCUAAGAACUGCACUGAGGUGUGCAUCAUUGGGGGCAGCAACUAUACUGUGGCUGAAAAACUCUCAGAGACAGUUACGGAAGGCAGCGAGGAAGUAUCCUGCAUACUCCGAGUAGAAGAAGGCAACCAGGAAUGCGAAUACAGGUACACGUACAGCGCCAGCGCCCAAGACAUGGUCGCCAUGGAAAUAGUCAUCCGCUCCAAGCAAUGCGGACAGCUGACGAGCGCCAAGCUCAUGACCAGUGCCCUAAUCAUCAUGGUCUGUGUGAUAGCAGGUGGUAUAGUCAUUAUCAUGGGCAUAAAGAGUGCACAGAUAGUGUCAGAUAGACGCGCAUAUGCUAAGUUUGUCCAGGAAGCGGAGAUGAGUAGGUUAAACGCUCAAGAAUUGAACCCGCUGUAUAUAUCGCCGAUCACUGAGUUCAGGUUACCGGACAGUUUUCCUAGGGAUAAGAAUGAUUAGUUUGAAAAACUUUGAAGUGUGUAUAUUAUGAUGGAUGGGAUAUGGG